AAGGGAAACAAAGCGCAAAAAGGACCUCAAAAUCCAGCAUGUAACCAAACGCUGACACGGCGGCUAAAAACGUCGCGCCCCCACGGCACCACCUCUUUUCUCUUCCUUUCUUUCUUUCUUAAAACAACACAACAACAUUUUCCGACCGCACCAAUAAUUCCAACCCUAACAAAACAAAACAGAUUUCUCCGAUUUCCGAUUCAUUUGCUUCGUCGCUCGCGGCGCAGCAGUUUAAUCCAAUUCCUGGGGUUGGAGAAAGAAUCUGGAGCUGAUUUUUUUUUUUUUCUUUUUGAAUUUCGUUAUUUUUUUGGGUUGGGUUUGAGGUUUCCUUGCGGAUAUGGAGAUAGAGGUUUCGGGUUCGGGUUCGGGUUCGGGUUCGGGUUCAGCUGCGUUGAUGGGGAAAGUGGAGAGGAGGAGGAACGUAGAAGAGAAGGAUCGGGCUCGGGUGAAGAGGAAGGAUUUGGAGGCCGUGCUCGAGCAGUGCCAGAGAGCUUUGGAAUUGCUCAGUAACGCUGACAGUCUUGACGAUGAUGAUGAAAAUAUCGACGACAAAGAUUGCACGGAGCUGGAGGAGGAUGCCAACCGUGAUGGGUCGUCGGCUCUUCCAGGGGAUCAGGAAAUCGAUGAGUUGUGCAAUCUUCUCAAAUCUAGAGUUGAAUGUCCUGACUUCCUUGAAAAGCUAGAGUGUGCUCGGGUCUCUGUUCAAGAAAAUAUACCUGUAGAAUGUAGCUCUUGGGACUUGGUCAGUGAAGAUGAUCUUUGGAAAGGUGAAAAUGUUGAUUCAGAUGAAGAAGAUUAUGUUCUUGUUAGCCAAGAAGACAUAAUAGAUGGCAUUGCAUGCUUUAUGGCUGCAUACUUGUUGUCUGUUAAACAGACUAAGGAUUUGACACCUAAUCAACUUCAGGAAGCCCUUAGCAAGACUUUCUCUGUAAAAAAGAAGAAGGGGAAGCUUCGGAAAGCUUGGGAUGGAAGUAAAGUCAUUUAUAAUGUGGCAUCCUGGGGAGCAACAGCUAUAGGGAUAUACCAAAACCCUGUAAUUAUUAGGGCUGCUUCUAAGGCAGUCUUGACUUCUUUCCACUUGAUAUCAAAGCUUCUCUAAUUUGCUUGCGCUGUCGCUAGAUAUUGGAAUUGAUGGUUGUAACUGCGCUUGUUGCUGUCAAUGCAGCUUGGUGUUCUGCAGGUUGUGUAACAAAGAAUACCAUUCUUUUCAUGCUGUAGGAUCUGUUCAUCUUUCUAAAUUUUAUCAUGUAAAUAUUUCCUUGUGAAACAUUCCUGACUGAAAAUCAAUUUCAUUGAUAAUCCCAUUAUUCUGCCUUCCCGAGCACAUCUUGGGUACCUGUAGAUAUCCGUGAUGCUAGAUUUAUACUUUGCUUUGUAUGGAUAUUACGAAUACCAAGUUAUUGACAUUUAUUAGUAAUAGCAGCGUUUCUCUGUCAUCGUCUGUGGUACCUUCUCAAUUUUGCAU